AUGUUGCACUGGGACCAAACUCUCAUGCGGCGCAAAGGCGAUUAUUUGAAGAUUCGAGCAAAUGUUAUAACAAUGAAACGCACGACCACACUCACAGCAUUCAUAGCCAUGUGUAUCGCAGCGCCGACUACAAACCGGGUAUUCAAACCGCAGCCUAACGUCGCGCUUGUGGCGGAUGCAUCGCGCGUGCAGGAUGAUCCGACUUUGGAAGGGGAGAAGGACAAGUUGUGUAUCAGGAAUGGAGGUUAG